AUGAUAACCUACAAGAGCGAUGGUUUUGGAUUGACGACACUAUUCGUAUGGCAUGGAUCAGCUGUCUUUCGUGCUAUCAUACCAGCAUCAAUCAGCACUGGUAUGCUUGUUUUGUACGAUUAUACAUUGGAUGAACGGCUGGAAAAUAGAGCCACCUUUGUGCAUCCUUAUUCACUGGCCGUCUUUGUCGUGAUUAUUGGGUUCCUGUUGGUCUUUCGACUGAAUUAUUCCUAUCAUCGGCAUUGGGAAGCCGCAAGCCAACUUCACGUGAUGACCAGCAAACUAUUAGAUUCAGCGAUCGUUUUGGCUGCAUUUCAUUAUCAAGCCAAGCAAUACGAUGAUAGACGACCGCUUGCGUUUGGUGCUAACCCUAAAGUGCGCAAUGAAACUCGGGAUCGAGAGAGAUUGAAGCAACGAAUGGUAACAAGGGACACAAUCACCAGUGUCCCUGAACAGGAUGGAAAGAAGAAAUGGUGGUCUGGUGAAAAGAAACAAAGAAAGAAAUCACACAUAAGAUGGGAACAAGGCAAACGACUUCAACCUAAUGCAGCUACAGGACGGCACAGAUCCAAUAAUUCCUCAAAGACUCUGAAAAAAUUCUUACCAGCAAAGCUUCGCAAACAGACAAGCACAACAUCCAAUGUAUCACAGAAGCGAUGGAGUGCCUCUUUUGCAGCUGGAAAUGAUCCAGAUAACCGCUUGCUCCAAUUGACUGGACUUGAAAGUCAAACACCUUCGCUGUUCCUUCAAGAAGCAGCACAUUUGUAUAGUCUUCUAUCUGCUGUGGCCAUGUCGACACUUCGUUGCGAUGUCGAAGGAGCGGAAUCUCCGAUUGCUCCUUACAUACCAGGAGCACCUUUACCUCCCGUGAAUCCUGAUGAAUUGAGCUCUGAUAUCCAGAUGCAAUACUACGAAACAAACCCAAUCUGGGGUUUCUUGUAUUACAUUUUAGGUUUGCAAAAGAGUCAACUCCGACGUACUCUAUACAAUGCCGCUCGGCCUUUUCGAGUGAUUGGCGGCAUAAGCGACAACGAGGCACGUAUGUUGCAGCAGGCCAAUGGUCCAUCGGCACGGAUGGCUCUCUGCAGCAUGUGGUUGAAGGAAUUCAUCAGUCGUGAACAUCUGCAUGGCUCUACUGGUAAAGUUGCUCCGCCAAUUAUUUCAAGGGUGUAUCAGUUCCUCUCUGAUGGAAUCUCAGCUUACAACCACUGUCGGAAAAUUGCAUUUGUGCCCUUUCCCUUUCCGCACCACCAAGCGACAGUAUUCUUUACCUUUCUUUCGAUUUUCAUUUUUCCUCUACUCUUUGCUGGAUUUGUUGGUAAUCUGGCCGUCGCAUGUACACUCAACGCGGUCACAGUCAUUUGUUUUCUUGGUACACAUGAAGUAGCUCGCGAGUUGAGUAACCCAUACUACACGGUUCCAAAUGAUCUGCCUCUGAACAACAUCCAAGCUCAGCUCAAUGAGGCUCUAGUGUGCAUGUGGGCAGGCUUUCAUCCCGAUUCUUGGAGAGCUGACGACGGCACCAACACUGUUUCAUCAUCGCCAAGGAGGAGAAAGCUGUCGGAAACUAGAAACGAGCUACCUUUGUCCGAAAGCCCAGGGGCCAUUAUGCUAGAGCCUACUAGUAGAAACGAUCUACCUUCGUUUCCCGAAAGCCCAGGGUUCAAUACGUUUCAGGCUACUAGAAACGAGGCACCUUUGUCCGAAAGGCCAAGGUUGAAUUCGUUUGAGGCUACUAGAAAUGAGGUACCUUUGACCGAAAGCCCAGGGGUCAAUACGUUUCAGGUUCCCAGAAACGAGGUACCUUUGACCGAAAGCCCAGAGGUCAAUAUGUUUGAGGUUACCAGAAACGAGGUACCUUUGACCGAAAGCCCAGAGGUCCAUACGUUUGAGGCUACUAGAACCGAUGUACCUUUAACCGAAAGCCCAAGGGUCAAGUCUUUUGAGGCUACUAGAAACGAGGCACCUUUGUCCGAAAGGCCAAGGUUGAAUUCGUUUGAGGCUACUAGAAAUGAGGUACCUUUGACCGAAAGGCCAAGGGUCAAUACGUUUGAGGCUACUAUAAACGAGGCACCUUUGUCCGAAAGGCCAAGGGUCAAUUCUUUGGAGGCUACUAAAAACGAAGUGCCUUUGACCCAAAGCCCAAGGGUCAAUUCAUUUGAGUCCACUAGAAACGAGGUUCCUUUGUCUGAAAGCCCAGGGGCGGAUAUGCUGGAGGAGGCAACAAUGGAGGUGUAG